AGGUCUGGGGCAUGAUCGCCGACCAGAAGAAGCUGCUGGGGACCAUGAAGUGCACCGUGUCGCGAUUCAACGGCAGCGUCGGCCAGGAGGAGAUGAUCGUGAAGUGGGAGACCAAGGCCGAUUGGCACAGGAACCACCGCAGCGACGUGCGGAAGUACGUCCGGCGUUCGAACAUGGUGAACUCGUUCUUCCUCGUCGGCGGAUUCGGCUUGUGGUUGCCCAGACUGGCCUUCGAGGAGAAGGUGCUGAAGACCGGCGGCAGGUCUUCGAAGCUGGAGGUGGGCGUGUGGUACGAGUUCGAUGACGCGUACAUCGGGUGGCCGACCGACAAUUUGAAGAACCUCACGGAGAUCAGAUGGAACAAGUUUUACGACCAAUAUUCGGCAGCCAUCCGGAACGUUCUCAACCUGGAGAAGCCAUGGGACGCUGCGCCCGCGGCCAAGGCGAAGCCAAAACCAAAGGGCCAGGCGGGGCCAAAGGCGGAGCUGUGACCUGCCCCAGGCUGAGGGGCGCCGGCAGGAGGAGGGAGCCUAGAGAUGGGGGGAAUCCCCUGCUCUUCGGUGCCCUCGCGCGGGCGCUGCCCCCUUCCCAGGGGCCCUCGCUGCUUCGGGCCCCGUCGUCCCGAUCCCCGAGGAGCCCUGACCUCGACGAGGAGGAAGGGGAGGAGCAGACGACGGGGGCGGAUGAGCGGCGGUCUUGACGAAGGAGGCACCACAAGUGCUCGCGGCCCAGCUGCUCGGCGCAGCCCGUGCGCGUCGCGCGCGCGCGGGCGCGGAGACCGGGCGCGGCCUGCCGCGAGGCGUGCUCGCGCACGGGCUCCCGGGCCGCGGCUGCCAUGGGGACAAGA